GAGCUGGGCACUUCCGUACCUCUGUCCGCACCUCCGCUCCUCCGGACCUGCGGACCUUUAAACGAGGUGCGGAGGUCCGAAGUGCGGAAAGUUUUUCAAAAGUGCGGAAGUAACAGGUGCGGAACAGCAGUAUUUUAAGUCCGUACCUCCGCACCUGAGGUUUUCAAGGAUAAAAAAAAUGAAAACGACAAACAGUCCGCGCUCUGCAGUAAUACUUCCGGUCGUUUACGCGGUCUGUGCUGCAGGGCAUGUUUUCCCGCCACUUGAGUGACGUCACUCAUUCAGAUUUACGGCCCGGUUCAAAAUAUACCGUUUGUCGUCCGUCUUAAAGGAAGUGCGUCAUCAAUGACAACACCACGUGCACGGAUAGCAAGAACCCAAGGUGUUGGUUUCCUUACGUCGAGACACACGUGUCCUGUUGCCAUAUUGUACAAAACUGGGAAUGAAAGAAACGGUCACAUUACCAUGUCCCUGGUGCGGCACUUCAAUCCUGACCAGGCAGCCAACAUCCAGGGCCGUAUCGUCAGGGAGGUGAAGGAAAUUGUGGGCACAGAGCUGGAGAGGCAGCCUGAGGAGAGGAAGGAAAGGGUGGACAAGUUCCACCUUCUGCUCUCCAGUGCCACAGUCCCUGAGGUGAGGUACCAGGAAGAAGUGGAGGAGACAAUUGUAAAAACACUAGAAGACUGGAAAAGGGAGAUGGUGGACAUCCCCCUCAGCCCCAACCUGUUCCCCGCCCGCUACAGGGAUGCCUGGCUGGACCUCUUCAAGAGGUACAACACCCCUCUCCCCAGCUCUGCUGCUGUAGAGAGGCUGUUCAGCUCUGCGGGAGAUAUCUUGCGGGCUAAAAGGUCCAGCCUCAGCAACGUGAACUUCGAGCAGCUGGUGUUUGUAAGGGGCAACAUGCACCUCCUGGACUACAAGGAUGUGGGGCAGCAGCACAUGGAGGAGGAGCAAGACUUGUAAAUUAUAAUGAACUUGUAAACUUGUGAAUC